AUGAAGUUGAUGCUGCUGACAGCGCGACGAUUGGUGCGUGCGGUGCGUCCCACUGCAACCACAACGUUGUGUUCGUCCACGCGCCCUUCUUUCAACACUAUUUUGAUUCCUGGUACGCGUUUUCUUAGCGAUAAACCCCGCGAUGUGACGAACAAGAAGAAAAAGAGCAGGAGUCUGGAACCCUCCCAGCUCUUUGGAUCAAAAGACGACAGUGACUCGGAAUCAGAUUCAGAUAGUAGUGACUCGGAAUCAGAUUCAGAUAGUAGUGACUCGGAAUCAGAGGACGAAGACGAAGAAGUGGAAGAAUUGCUGCCUAUUGACGAAGAAGGCAUUUCAAUUGAUGAGCGACGGCGCCGUCUUGACGCCUUCCUCGCUCACAAUGCCGAGUUCUUUGAUGAAAAGCGUUGGGGUGCCCAGGAUGGUGAAGAGUGGUUUGGAUUUGAUGGAAAUAUUGACGCCAAGACGGACAAGGGAGUUCCCACGUGGCUGCAGUCGAUCCGUAAUAUGGUCAGCGUGGAGGAAGAGCGUGCCAUUCGUGCAAAAUCAGCACGUAUCGCUUUUCACGAGGCGAAAAACAAGAUUGUUCGUGUAAAAAACGUUGAUGCAAAGGGACGUGCUUAUGGUACUGGUCGUCGUAAGACCAGCGUGGCUCGUGUGUGGAUUAAACCCGCUACUCAGCCUUUUACCGGUUGCAUUAAGGUCAACAAGAAGGAUCUAGUGGACUAUUUUGUGCGUGACACCCAUCGUGAAGACGUGCUUCAGCCAUUUUCUGUCGUGGAACAGAUUGGUGGAUUCGACGUGUACUGUACAGUGAAGGGAGGAGGGAUGACAGGUCAGGCGGGUGCCGUGCGUCACGGUAUCGCUCGUGCACUGGAGAAUUUCAAUCCUGAAUUGCGUCCGGCUCUUAAAAAGGCAGGUCUGCUCACACGUGAUUCGCGUAUGGUUGAAAGAAAGAAGGCUGGUCAGGCCAAGGCCCGUAAGAAAUUUCAAUGGGUCAAGAGAUAG